AUGGAUGCACACUUUCGGUAUGUCCGUUUCUUUCUCCACUGCCUGCGAUAUCAGGCUGCUUACCCAGGGAGAUCCAUGAAAUGUGCCGAGAAAUUCGGCGACAUCUUCUUGCUCAAAUGCUUCAAGAUCGCCAUCAUCGUUAUCAGUGGCCGGAAAAUAAUCAAAGCCCGAGCCCCUCGACAAGAAUAG